AUGGCCCAGAACCAAUGUGACGCUCCUGCCUACUGGACCAAAGAAGAUGAAACCCAUCUCCUCAAUUUUCUUUUUGACCACCUUGCGAGUGGUGGGGAUGGUGCCAACUUCAAGAAGACCACUUUCCAACUUGCCUCCAUUGAGGUCAAGAAGUUUUGCACUGUGGAAACCAAGGGGGGGUCAAAACAGCGCACGCCUGCCAGAAUAAAUGGAACAUGUUACAUCGCACUUUCUGUGCCAUUCAGGCCAUCAAGGACUAUACUGGAUGGAACUGGACAGACGAAGGAGAUACACAAGCCAGCAGCCCCUUUUAUGAGCAAGGGCUGGGCUCAUCUUGAUAAGAUGACGCAGAUCAUGCCAGUGACUGUCCGUUGCCGCCACAUCUUCCAUCCUUCACAAAAUCUCACUGGUAUGUCUGCGGCUUGUGAUGGGACCCCUCCUCUGGUAGCGGAGGUCGACAAGCCUGUUGAGGAUGAAGAUGGCCCAGCAGCUACCCUGGUUGUUGAUCAACCCGUGGCUGCCGCAGAUGAGGGAUCUGGUGGGGAGAAUGUGGGUGAUGAUGACCACAAUAAUGACGAUAUCCCAUGGGAGGUGACUCCUCCUCCUUUGGCACCACCUGAAGAGGUGACACCCCCUCAUCUGACCACAUCAUCUGUCAAGAAGUCUUGUGCGACUAGAGCCAAUGCCAUCCACGGGCUCACGAAGUCAAUUGACAACUUCGGUGUCAACAUCUGCAAGGUCUUAGCCAUGGAUCCUUCUCUCCACACCCCACAGCGCUGCAAGGAUGCUGUUACUGAAGCUCAGAAAGAGUCUUGGCUCCCUCCAGUUGAUUGCCUGGUCUUCUGCAAUGUCCUCAAGCGGGACAUCAGUGUUGUUGACACCUAUUUGGUCCUCAACAAGAAGGAUGUUGAGUUUUCUCACCUGUGGAUUCAGGAUAAGGUGGAUCAGGCAAAGGAGGCACGUUUCACCCUUCAUUAG